AUGAAAGCUCUUUGCGGUCACAUGUCCUGCCAUUCCGACAAGGAGAGAGCUUAUCAUUUCGGCAACGGCGACAAACAUAAGCUGAUUAUAGAUAGUCAAUCCGACACCGAGACGUCGACUCCGAGUCGGAGGCGAUCGAAGAGGGUUAAGUAUAAGACGAUAGGUGUUCAGUCGAAUAAUUCGGACAAUUUGGGGAAUGGUUCUUCAUCUGUUUCGGAGAUAGUGCAAGAGCAGGAGGAGGUGGCGAUGUGUUUGAUGAUGUUGUCGAGGGAUUCCUGUUGUAAGAAAGGUCCAAAUUCGGUUGCCGAUUCUUCGGACAACAACUUGCUCUCGUUGGAAGAUAAAUCAUCGUCGAUCGAUGUGAGGAUCACCGUUAAGAAUGCCAUGAAAUGUGUUUCCAGCAAGAACAAGUUGAAGCAAUCUGCUGAAACUUGUUAUUCUUCAGAGAAUUCUGAUUCAGGGUAUUUCAGAAAUGGACCGAAGAAGGUGGAAUCGGACGAUUCCGUAGAUGAGUUUCGCGAUAACUUCGAGUCCAAGAAACCUAAAAUGGCGUCUGGAACAGGGUUUAAAAGCAAAUUCAAGUAUGAUUUAAGAAGAAAUGGAAAUAAUGUUUAUUACAGUCCUCAAAAGGGAGGCAAAUACGAGUGCUUAACCUGUAACAAGACCUUUGAUUCACAUAGGGCCCUAGGAGGACACCGAGCUAGCCAUAAGAAGGCGAAAGACUGCACAGAGUCGAUACACGAGAGUCGUGAAAAUAGCUUAGCCAGCGAUUCGUUUACGGCUCCGAUUAGUCAUAACAAAGUUACCAAGUCUAAGAGCCUUGGUGUUGCUAAAGGUUCAUCCAGCAAUGCCGAGAAAAUAUCGGGUUCAAAGAAGAACAAGGGCCACGAGUGUCCAUUUUGCUUCAGGGUUUUCAAGUCUGGCCAAGCCUUGGGAGGUCAUAAAAGGUCGCAUUUCGUCGGAGGAGGCUCGGAUGACAGAACAUUGGUGAUCAAACAAGACUCAACCGAGAUUCCGGCUCUAAUUGACCUAAACCUUCCUGCUCCGGUCGAGGAAGAUGCAGCAGGGAAUGCUGCUGGAUUCAUGGCUUGGUAG